GCCGAAUUGGAGAUGCAUGUGUCACGUGGAUUGCACAUGGCGAUCUCUUGCCGCGUUUGAAAUCCAAAACGCUCUGUUGCUAGAGAGAGAGACUGUUUUAGCUACGGUCAGCUUUUCUCUAGCGUCGGGGCCUCGAUCUCUUGAUUUGAGCUUUUCUUAGGUCUGUCUCUCUCUGUACACUCUCUCCGCCGUCGUAUCUCGCCGUCGAUUUCAAUUUUUCCGACGAUAUGAAGCUCACCGUUAAAACUCUCAAGGGCAGUCAUUUUGAAAUUAGGGUUUUACCCUCCGAUACGAUAAUGGCGGUGAAGAAGAAUAUAGAAGAUUCACAAGGAAAAGACAAUUAUCCAUGUGGGCAGCAAUUGUUGAUUCACAAUGGAAAAGUUUUGAAAGAUGAAACUAGCCUGGUGGAGAACAAAGUUACGGAGGAAGGAUUUCUCGUCGUUAUGCUUAGCAAGAGCAAAUCUGGAGGUUCAGCUGGUCAGGCUUCGGUUCAGACUUCUUCUGUUUCACAGCCUGUUUCCGCUACCACAUCUUCGACUAAGCCUGCAGCUCCAUCUACAACCCAGUCUUCACCUGUUCCUGCUUCACCUAUUCCUGCUCAAGAACAACCGGCGGCACAGACUGACACCUAUGGACAAGCUGCGUCAACAUUAGUUAGUGGUAGUAGUCUUGAGCAAAUGGUCCAACAGAUAAUGGAAAUGGGAGGUGGAAGUUGGGACAAAGAAACAGUUACUCGUGCACUUCGUGCAGCUUAUAACAACCCUGAGAGAGCAGUGGAUUAUUUGUACUCUGGAAUUCCUCAAACUGCUGAAGUAGCUGUGCCAGUACCUGAGGCUCAGAUUGCAGGAUCCGGUGCAGCCCCUGUUGCACCUGCAUCUGGAGGACCUAACUCAUCUCCUUUGGAUUUAUUUCCUCAGGAAACAGUUGCUGCUGCUGGCUCUGGAGAUCUUGGGACACUUGAAUUUCUUAGAAACAAUGACCAGUUCCAACAAUUACGCACCAUGGUCCAUUCCAACCCUCAAAUUCUUCAGCCCAUGCUUCAGGAACUUGGAAAGCAAAACCCUCAACUUCUGAGGCUAAUUCAAGAAAACCAGGCAGAGUUUCUUCAGUUAGUAAAUGAGCCCUAUGAGGGUUCUGACGGGGAGGGGGACAUGUUCGAUCAACCCGAGCAAGAAAUGCCACAUGCCAUUAACGUUACCCCAGCAGAACAAGAAGCGAUUCAACGGCUCGAGGCAAUGGGAUUUGAUAGAGCCUUAGUAAUAGAAGCGUUCCUCGCAUGUGACCGAAAUGAAGAAUUGGCAGCUAACUAUCUAUUGGAGAACUCAGGUGACUUUGAAGACUGAGUUCACAAAACGUUAUCUCUUCUUCGAAAAAGUUUUGGCUCUUUUCUUACGUUGAAUUACAUAUCUUCCGUGAAUUAAUGUGUGGGAUUUGAUCUCUCUCUCUCUGUGACUUAGUUUGUCCUUUUUUUGUUUUGAAUAUUAUUUUCUCCGUUUGCGAUGGGGGCGGUUGUUACGUUUGUGAUAGAUAUUGAAGCAGAGAGAUACAAAAGUGUGAUCACAUAAUUCUCGAGGGAUAAACAUAAAGUGUAAUCGAUAGAUAUUUAUCCUAACCAACAUGUUCCUAUGUUGUUGUGAUUAAUUGCCAAAACACGGAUUUUCCGGUGAUAAGUAAGAUACACUAGGUGGAGACCGGUUUUAUUUGGUUCAGGAAAACCGAUGGCUUCUCUGGUAUUAGCCCAAAUCCCGAAUUUCUCAAUU